GUAACCUAUUGGCUGCACACAGCGGCUCAGAGUCAGCACUGCUAUAGUGAUCCCGGUCUGUACACAGCCGCUCAGGUGACCGGGGGGCGCGAGUGACGGGGGCUCCGCUGCUGGGACGAGGGAUGUUCAGAAGAUGACGCCGAGCUGUGAAUAGAAGUGGAGGGUCUGGAGCCCAGCAUGGGACCCGGGGGGAAACGCUUUGCUGUUUGCGGUCUGGGCCAGAGCAAGCGCUGUCAUCUGCGCAGGAUUAGCCCUGUACUAAGCAUCAUGGACGCCUACCAGUGAUUUUUUCACCCACUAUUAUAAAUUACAUAUAUUAUAAACUGUUGCUGCUCCGGAUAUUCAUGAAUCAUUAUAUCCAGAAAGGUCCUGAUGCUUGUAAGCCAGAACACUCCGUUCUGGAGGAAAUAUCAGUAACUUGUCUUCAGGUCGCAAGGCUCUCGCAGGCCCCCAACCAAGUCCAUUCUGAUGACCAUCUGCAAGAAGCCGUCUGGUAAGACCGUGCCGGUCAAGGAGGGGGAGGACGCCGGGACCGAGCCCCCUCAGCAUUCCCGGAGAAAUGGCUGGAGUUGGCCUCCACACCCCUUGCAGUUUGUGGCCUGGUUCACUUUCCUUCUGUUCACCAUCAUCGGAUUUGGCAUUCUUGUCCCCCUUUUGCCUCGGCAUUGGGUAGCCGCUGGUUAUGUUUUUAUGGGAGUGCUGUUCACGUUACAUUUAAUUGUCCAUUUUCUGGCUGUUACCAUUGACCCAGCAGAUGAGCACGUACGUGCCAAGGGCUCCCCCGGUCCGCUACCUGUAUUCGAUAGGACAAAGCAUGCUCAUGUCAUUGAAAACAUGCAUUGUUACAUCUGUGAGGUGGAUGUUGGCGACAAGUCAAAGCACUGCAGUUUAUGCAAUAAGUGUGUCAGUAAUUUUGAUCACCACUGCAAAUGGCUCAAUAACUGUGUGGGAGGAAAAAAUUACUGGCUGUUUUUCAACUGUCUUAUAUCUGCUUUUCUGGGCACUGUGGUGCUGAGCACAAUUUCAUCCUAUGUAUUUGUUGUAUACUUCGUUGACCCGGCAGCGUUAAGGAGCGACCAGCAAUUCGAAGCCAUCCAGAACCUGUCAGACACGUGGUACGUGUUCCUUCCCGCAGCCCCGGUGGAGACUCAAGCGUCUGUCAUUUUGGGCCUAGCAGCUCUCGUUUCAGUGAUGGGACUCAUUACUAUACUGCUGAUAGGGCAGCUGCUCUGCUUUCACAUCUACCUCUUGUGGAAUAAGCUUAGCACCUAUGAGUAUAUAAUGCACCAGCGGCAGAAGCAGGAAAUGAAGUCGAACAGCAGGGAACCGGAGGCUGGAGGAACACCCCCCACAGUCCGGGAGCAGAAUGAAAACUAUGGUGGAAGCCUCGUUUACACAAAUCCAGAUGUUCUAAUUGAAGGCCCUUCAUCUGGAUCUCUGAAUACAGACUCACCAGUGGCCAUGAACGCUAAUCAUGGAGACCCUGAAUUUGACUUGAAGACAUCUCCAGCAGAACAGAAGAAACCAAAGAAGUCAUAUGUGAUUUAUCUCCCACAGAAGAAGAAAAAGAAAAGGACAAAAGGAAACAGAAUCUCUCCAGAAGACUCAAAUAAACCUUCUGGUGACAUACCAAGCCUCCAUGCCCUUCCUCUAUCCCAUGGAGAAAAUGAAGUUCCAGUGUCCCUGGCACCUCCAGGUCCGGACAUCCAUUCUCCCAAUUUCCCAUCGAGGUCUUUACCUGUAUUGGCUCCCAUUAACAUGUGUCCAGUGCAGGCCGCGGGGCCACCUGCAGAGUAUCACUCUGAUUCUGCUGAGUCCAUGGAAGAGAUUCCAGUAGCCCAGACACAUCUAGGCAGCUCUUCCAUGAGCGAAAACCUGUUUCUCACACCAAGGAACCCCAAUGUCACAGCGAGCGAGCGCGAGCAUGGGCCGAGACCAAGUUACUUCUGGCCGGGCACACUGCAAAAGUUUGAACUGCUCCCAAAGACUCCGUCUGUAUUUGUCAGUGACAGCAGUGGAAAACCUCUACCCAAUGGACUUGCCGAGGAAGCCAAAGCACAGGACAGUCACGAGACACGUUACAAGAAGAUGUGGGUGGCAAAGGGCAUGGAAGGAGAGCAGGUUCUUUCCAUCUCUAAUGCAGACGUUUUGCCCUCCAUCAGUGCUAAUAAGUAGCUAUACCUUUUUUUUUUUUUGUUCUUUUUUUAUGACUACUUAUAAUCAUUGAUUCUUAA